AUGCCUGGAGACUCUAAAGCUGCGAAAAAUACUUCCCUGAAUGAGGCACAAGAGAAAGACGCAGCAACUACAGACAUCACAAGCGCGCCAACAGAAGACGAUGAGCCGGAAGACGAAUCCAAGUACCUUUCAGGUCUGAAACUCUGGACCCUCUCAUUCGGUCUUUGCCUCACGACCUUCGUCAUCGCCCUGGACAAUACCAUCAUCGCCACCGCUAUCCCAAAGAUCACUUCCGUAUUUAACUCCCUCGAAGAUGUCGGCUGGUACGGAUCAUCUUACUUGCUCACCACCACAUCGCUGCAACCCUCAUUCGGAAAAGUGUACACAUACUUCGACGUCAAAUACACCUAUCUCAUCGCCCUUAUCAUCUUCGAAGUUGGCAGCGUGAUAUGCGCUGCCGCAACGAGCUCCCCAAUGUUCAUCGUCGGGCGCGCGAUUGCUGGGGCUGGGGCCGCGGCGCUGUACUCGGGCGGUAUGACUAUCAUCGGGUUCUCAGUACCACUGCGGAAACGCGCUAUCUAUAUUGCUGCCCUAUCGUCGAUGUUCGGCAUUGCUAGUGUCGUUGGACCGAUCCUGGGUGGUGCAUUCACAGACAGGCUGUCCUGGCGGUGGUGUUUCUGGAUCAACCUCCCUUUCGGUGGUCUGUCGCUGGUAGUUGUAUUUUUCUUCUUCAAGAACCCGGAGAGGGAGUAUAGCCAUCUUCCUGUCAAAGAGCGGCUCAAGCACAUCGACAUGGCUGGAGCUGUGUUCUUGAUCUGUGCAAUUGUAAGCCUGCUGCUUGCCUUGCAGUGGGGUGGCUUCACAUAUCCAUGGAGCAAGUCGAGGGUAUGGGGAACGUUACUUGGCUUCGGACUCAUCAUCAUAGUCUUCAUCGCGAUACAAUUUUACCAAGGCGACAAAGCAACUAUCCCCGUGCGGGUCUUCAAACAGCGGACUAUCUUAGUAAGCUGUGUCUUCUCUGCUCUGCUCUCCAUGGCGCUGUAUACACACAUUUUCUACCUCCCCUUCUACUUCCAAGCCAUCAAGGGCACAACCGCCGAAGAAUCUGGGAUUCGCACCAUCGCCUACCUUGUCAGUAUAACCGUAUCAUCUAUCGUCGUCGGCGCCCUAAUAACCGUCGUCGGCUGGUACGCGCCCUUCAUGUGGUUCGGCUCGGGCGUCUUCGCCAUCGGCGCCGGCAUGCUCUAUACACUGAAGGUCGCCUCGCCGAACAGCCACUGGAUUGGAUACCAGAUCCUCGCAGGUAUUGGGGCAGGCGCGGGUGUUCAGAUCCCAUUUAUUGCUGUGCAAGUGGUGAGCAGUGUGAAAGACAUGCCGACGGCGAACGCUUGCGUGCUAUUCUUCAAUAGCCUCGGUGGCGCAUUGAGUAUUAGUAUUGCGCAGAAUAUCUUUGUCAACACGCUCGCGAAGGAAGUACCGAAGUAUUCGAGUUUCGAUCCUCAGGUUGUGGCGCAGGUCGGCGCGACGAACUUGAGGCAGUUUGUUCCCCUGGAUCAGUUGCCGGGUGUAUUGCAUGGGUACAACAAUGCGAUUGUGACGGCGUUCAUACUGGCUAUUGCGACGAGCUGUUUGGCGUUCCUGGUCAGUCUGGGACAAGAGCAGAAGAAUGUAAAGGGCAAGAAGCUUAUGCAUGGAGGUGGAGGCGCGUAA